CCCACUGAGGCCACACCAUGCAACCCCAGUCUGUCCUGCACAGUGGCUACUUCCACCCUCUGCUUCGGGCCUGGCAGACAGCCACCACCACCCUCAACGCCUCCAACCUCAUCUAUCCUAUCUUUGUCACGGAUGUUCCUGAUGACGUGCAGCCAAUCGCCAGCCUCCCAGGAGUGGCCAGGUAUGGUGUGAACCGGCUCGAAGAGAUGCUGAAGCCCCUAGUGGAGGAGGGCCUGCGCUGCGUCUUGAUCUUUGGCGUCCCCAGCAAAGUUCCCAAGGAUGAGCGGGGCUCUGCAGCUGAUUCCGAGGACUCUCCAGCCAUCGAGGCAACCCGCCUGUUGCGGAAGACCUUCCCCAGUCUCCUGGUGGCCUGUGAUGUCUGUUUAUGCCCCUAUACCUCCCAUGGUCACUGUGGGCUCCUGAGUGAGAACGGAGCAUUCCAGGCAGAGGAGAGCCGCCAGCGACUGGCAGAGGUGGCACUGGCCUAUGCGAAGGCAGGAUGUCAAGUGGUGGCCCCGUCAGACAUGAUGGAUGGACGCGUGGAAGCCAUCAAGGAGGCCCUGCUGGCUCAUGGACUUGGCAACAGGGUGUCAGUGAUGAGCUACAGUGCCAAGUUCGCUUCCUGUUUCUAUGGCCCUUUCCGGGAUGCAGCUCAGUCAAGCCCAACUUUUGGAGAUCGCCGCUGCUACCAGCUGCCCCCUGGAGCGCGCGGCCUGGCCCUCCGAGCAGUGGACCGGGAUGUACGGGAAGGCGCUGACAUGCUCAUGGUGAAGCCAGGACUGCCCUACCUGGACAUUGUGCGGGAGGUAAAGGAGAAGCACCCAGAGCUCCCCCUCGCUGUAUACCACGUCUCUGGAGAGUUUGCCAUGCUGUGGCAUGGAGCCCAGGCUGGGGCAUUCAACCUCAAGGCUGCCGUGCUAGAGGUCAUGACUGCUUUCCGAAGAGCAGGUGCCGACAUCAUCAUCACCUACUACACCCCUCAGCUAUUGCAGUGGCUGAAGGAGGAGUGAGGAACUCUUGCUAUUGCAAGAUCCAAGAACUAGAAUUUAGGAGAACCUGGGGCCUUGGAAAAGUGAAAUCCAAAGUAAAUGUCUUUAGAACCGU